CGAGUGUGCGCAGCUUUUUCUCGCGCUCAACAAGGCUCCAAUCUGGCUUCAUCGUCCUCAUCCCCACUCAUCAAUCCAUCGAUCACCUCCAGCUCUCUCUUCCUCGUACUUGCCGAGCAUCAACGCAAAGAGUAACCAUGUCCGACCCACAAGAAGUUGCCAAAGCGUUUGUUACACAUUUCUAUCAAUCGUUUGACAACAAUGCCCAAAGUCUGGCAGGUCUGUAUAAUGAUACCUCAAUGCUUACAUUUGAGGGAGACCAAUUUCAAGGGUCUCAGGCGAUCGUAGCCAAACUGGCACAAGUCGGAAAGUGUUUCCAUAAUGUGAAAUCCAUGGAUGUCCAGCCUUCAGCCGCCGGAAAUGCCAUUGUGAUCUUUGUCACCGGCCAUGUCCGGAUUGGGGAUGCCCAAGGCAACCCACUGCACUUUUGCGAGCUUUUCCAGCUUGUUUCCACAGGCCCCGGCGCUUAUUAUGUCCACAACGACAUUUUCCGAUUGAAUUAUGGUCUUUGAGACCGAGUGUGGAAGAGGAAAAAAAGAAACAAUUUACGGCUGGUGUGUGAUGUUUUUGAUGUUGAGUUUGGGGCCGUUGUGCUACACUGAAUAGACAAAGGAGUGUGGAAGGAUUCGGGUCGAGUGCUGUCUGGCUGCUCUACCCAGUGGAAAACGUAUGGAUCCAAAGGCCAUUUGAACAAAUAAUAUCUGCCACAAUCUAUGGGAUCACUUUGCAAUACUCACCGAAGCUAAAUCUACUUGCAGUAAAUCACUCUAGAGAAUUCAUGAAUACUAGCUAGCCUGAGUUGCUUUAUUUGUUUGGUGUCAUAGGGGUGAUGUAUUAUAUAGUCGCCUUUUUUUCAUCUU